AAAUUACUUAACGCACGGAAUGUAGAAGUUGUGGAACUAACGAGAAAAUGGCAGGGCCUUCUCUUACUAUCUUCUUCUUGAGCUUGCUAUUCUUCUGUGCGAUAUCUGAAGCUUCCAAGUGCUCAGUCAAAGGGUUACCUGAAGUAAGAAAUAUCAGUGCCCUUCCACAGAGUAACUAUGGAAGGGGAGGUUUGGCACACACAACUGUUGCUGGUUCACUCUUGCAUGGGUUGAAAGAGGUUGAGGUUUGGCUGCAAACAUUUUCUCCAGGAUCAGGCACACCAAUACACAGGCAUUCUUGUGAAGAAGUUUUUGUUGUCCUAAAGGGGAGUGGAACUCUGUACCUUGCACCAGCCUCACACGAGAAGUCCCCUGGAAAACCACAAGAAUUCUCUAUCUUUGCAAAUAGCACAUUUCACAUACCCGUUAACGAUGCUCACCAGGUCCGGAAUACAAAUGAGCAUGAGGAUCUGCAAGUGCUUGUUGUCAUAUCUCGUCCCCCAGUUAAAGUGUUCACAUAUGAGAACUGGUUCGUGCCUCACGCUGCAGCAAAAUUAAAGUUCCCCUACUACUGGGACGAAGAGUGCCUUGAAGACGAACCGCCGCCAAGGGACGAGCUAUGAUAUUUGUAUCCAGUCUCAUUAUCAUUUGAGAGAAUGGAAAAGGUUGUAGACUUUAAAGUUUUCAUAACAGCCAAAUAGAAUGCAAGACAAGCAAGCUCAAGUAAGAUAAUGAUCAGAAGCAUCCUUCUGACAGUCAAUAUAUAUAAAGAAGACAAACCUUUCCAUA